AAUACUUCAUACACGAAAAAUGAAAACAUUCUUGAUCAUAUGAUAAAGGGGCACUUCAAGAGGCAAACGCAAAAAGAAGCAACCCAGAGCUUUAACAACAUUUUUAAAAUAAAUAUUUCCGAGGUGUACAACGUUUGGGAAUGCCCCAAUUAGACACUGGGAACCUAAACACUUAGAGCUGCCACUGCGAUAAUUGUCAGAUCGAGCCUUAAACAGCAUAGAAAAGCUUGAUAUAAAAAAUUCUCCAUUUGGGAGUCAAAUGUAAAGUCAAUAAACUAUUCAAGCGUUUAGAGUUCUGCAGACCAUGUUUAAGGACACCGAAACCGCAUCGACCAGCGGAUUCGCACGGGAGGUGGGCGGUGCGCAUUCGACCCCUGACGCCCCACAGCCCACUCCCGGUGCCCCGCCCCCUGAUGCUAGCCACACGCUGGACCGCCGUCUAAACCCCAACGCACCUGUGUUUGUGCCCGAUUUCAAGGCCAGUCAGGUGGCCAAAAAGCUGUUUGAUGAUUUAUCGCCCUAUACUCGCUGGAGCACAGCUUCCUCUGAGGACAUCUCCUACGGACCCCGCUACGAGUCCAUUUGGUGUGAGGUCAGCCUACAGCAGCAGCAACGUCUGCCCAAUCCGGGCUUAGAUUACUGUCUGGAUCCCGGCGAGGAUGAGGUCGGAGAAUUGGAGUUUGACGAGGUUCAGGCCAUGAAUAUCGGAGCCGAGUCCUAUGAUCCCAAAGCUCGUAGCACAUCAAUCAGUCAGGCAAUGGAUGUGGAUGUCCCCGAGAUUGUGGGGGAUGUACAGUCGCAACUGGAGGAAUCACUGGAUGAGGGGAAAAGCAAUCGCUUUCAGAACCGCCACUCCUCCAGACCGGCCAGAAGAUGUUGUCGUCUCAUGUAGACCACGAACAACCAAAGGACUGUCGAAUUUAAAUAUUCCAUUUGUAUUUACAAUUGUAGGCAGACUAAUUAAAAUGUAUCAUU